AUGGCAGGGCCGCAGCAGCAGCAACCCCCUUACCUGCAUCUGGCCGAGCUGACGGCGUCCCAGUUCCUGGAGAUCUGGAAGCACUUUGACGCAGACGGAAAUGGGUAUAUUGAAGGUAAAGAGCUAGAAAACUUUUUCCAAGAACUGGAGAAGGCAAGAAAAGGCUCUGGCAUGAUGUCAAAGAGUGACAACUUCGGGGAGAAGAUGAAGGAAUUCAUGCAGAAGUACGACAAGAACGCAGACGGGAAAAUCGAGAUGGCAGAGCUGGCGCAGAUCUUGCCGACCGAGGAGAACUUCCUUCUGUGCUUCAGGCAGCAUGUGGGCUCCAGCACCGAGUUUAUGGAGGCUUGGCGGAAGUAUGACACAGACAGAAGCGGCUACAUCGAAGCCAAUGAGCUCAAGGGAUUCCUGUCUGACCUGCUGAAGAAGGCGAACCGACCGUACGAUGAACCUAAGCUCCAAGAGUACACCCAAACCAUACUACGGAUGUUUGACUUGAACGGGGACGGCAAACUGGGCCUCUCGGAGAUGUCCCGACUCUUGCCUGUACAGGAAAACUUCCUGCUUAAAUUUCAGGGCAUGAAGCUGACCUCGGAGGAGUUCAACGCAAUCUUCACAUUUUACGACAAGGAUGGAAGUGGCUACAUUGAUGAGAAUGAGCUGGAUGCCCUCCUGAAGGAUUUGUAUGAGAAGAACAAGAAGGAAAUGAACAUCCAACAGCUCACCAGCUACAGAAAGAGCGUCAUGUCCUUGGCCGAGGCGGGGAAGCUCUACCGCAAGGACCUGGAGAUUGUCCUCUGCAGUGAGCCCCCCAUGUAAAAGGGGGGAUGGGGGCUGCUUCUCCACCUCCCCCCAAACCUGCCCCUGCUGCCCUGCCACUUCCACCCAGACCCGGAGAUCCUGAGCAUCCCUCCUGCUGCCCCUGCCACCUGCACACACACCAGCCUGCAGAGCAGGAAAGAAGAGAUGGGGAAAGGGGCUGCGGACGGGCCCCCUGGAGCCCCCUCCAACCCAAACCGGGCUGACCAGUCACAGCGCUCUGCAUGCAGAGGGGCACCAACCGCACAGAAGGCGGGCGGGGGCACAGGUGGGGAGUCCCUCGUUCUCUUCGCCGUGAUGCAUGAGCUCAUUCGCUGUAUGAUUUAGGCUUCUGUGUCCAACCGAGUGGACCCUCCCCUCUGCCUCUCCCCCACGCCACCAGCCACCCCGAACCCCCAGGUUCCAUGCCCCGCCUCGCUAGUGGUGUAGCUGUCUUCUCAGAGCUCCUUGUUCGCGGCGGGCGCCAG